UGUUUAUUUCAGAUUAUGAUAUACUACAUUGGAGGAAUGCAUAAUUUAUAUUUAUUCUUAAAAGUUAAAGUAAUAAAUAAAAAAUAUCAUAACAUUAUAUCAAGUUGAUAAUGAGCUUUUGACACAAUGGAGAACUUAUCACCUUUGAAUCAACCUAGCAAGCUAAUUCGACCACCAACAUUGAAACGAGGCCGAUCUGGUGAUUCACAAGGUGGCAAAAUCAAACUUGAAAGGGUUAUCGGUUUGACAGUGUCUACAAAUUCAUCAUUAGAUGUCGAUAAUAAUACUGGAACCAUUGCUUAUCCAGCUGGGUAAGUAACAAUUAUUUUUUUUGU